GAGACGGACCUGCUGCCAAGGCGGUCACAAAGAGCUUAGAGCAACUGGACAGCACACUGUCAGAAGCAGCACCCUCAACUGACCAAAACACCAUGCGAAAUGAUACCACAACACCAAUACCAAAGACAUCAGAUAACAGCGAGAGUGUACCAAUGCACACACCUGAGAAGUCAAGGUCAAACACGCCUGCGCCAAAGACAAGCCCCACAGCCGAGGAAGUCACAGCACAGCCACGGACACAGCACGCGCAAGACGCACAACAGUCUGACAACGGUACCACACCAACGCAACAAAGUACAUCUAAGGCAGCAGCCGAUGACACAGCAUCGCGAGAAGAUGCGUUAACGUUAACGGAUACGCCCAGCAAGGCAAACGCAAAUGCAAACAACAUAUACCAACGCCUGUACUUUGCACAGCAGAUGCCUUCCUACGGCCCGGCGCCGCCCGCUGUGAGUGCGGCUACGCUGCAG